AUGGAGAACACCGACAAAGUCGCACGUGCGAAACACACAGAUCCGCCAAACAACAGCUCUGAUCAGUCCGGUCAAAAACCAAUGUCUGGAUUCGCUGCAUUUCUGCGAAUCUUCACUUACUGUCAGCCUCUCGAUCAUGUACUUGAAGCCAUCGCCGUCCUCGCCGCUAUCGGCUCUGGCGUAGCCAUGGCAAUGAUGAACCUCGUUAUAGGUCAGUUAAUGGACGUCAUGGGCAAUCCAGCGCGUAUAGCUACAGAUCCCGAGGGCUUCAUGGCUGAGGUCGGCAACAAAUCACUCUACUUUGUGUAUAUUGGCAUCGCUCGGCUAGCAUGUACAUAUAUUUACUCCACGCUCUUUACAUUCGUUUCCUUCCGAGUCACAAACAACAUCCGACAAUCAUACCUCCGAGCAGCCCUCAGUCAAGAGAUCAGCUAUUUCGACCUCGGAACCUCGGGGUCUAUCGCCAUGCAAGGCACAUCCAACGGAAAGUUGAUCCAGCACGGCAUCGCAGACAAGGUUGGGCUUUUCUUUGUCUCACUUACUACCUUUAUCGCGUCGUUUAUCAUUGCGUUUGUCAGUUACUGGAAGCUUACCCUCAUUCUAAUCUGCAUCAUGCCGGCCAUCAUGCUGGUAAUUGGCACCAUGGCCACCAUUGACGCUGGUAUUGACAGCAAGAACUUGAAGAUACUCUCCCAAGCCGCUCAGUACGCCGAAACGGCGUUGGCGAGUAUCCGUACAAUCAAAGCAUUCAACCUUGAGCCGAGGAUUAUGCACAAGUAUACGUCCGUCCUCGACACUUCCCGACAGCUAUGCCGCAGGAAGUCUGGGGUAUAUGGGGUCAUGUUUGCCUGGCAAUAUUUCGUUAUCUACGCUGGUAUGGGCCUUGCUUUCUGGCAGGGAAUCAGGAUGAUAGCCCGAGGGGAGGUGGAUGGUAUUGGGACCGUCUUCACUGUCCUCUUCUCCGUCGUCAUCGGAUCAACUUCGAUCAAUGGCAUCGCUCCAAACAUAUCUUCUUUUGUUCGUGCCGGCACUGGCGCUGCGGAGCUUUUUGCUUUGAUCGACAGGACCUCGCAGAUCAACCCGCUCGACGACUCAGGCCAGACUCCUACCAAUGUAUCUGGUACCAUUGCCAUCAAAUCGAUUUCCUUCGCCUACCCGACGCGGCCUGAUACACGUGUCCUCGAAGACUUUUCUGUUAACAUUCCGGCCGGAAAGGUUACAGCUUUAGUGGGUUCCAGUGGCUCUGGAAAAAGUACAAUCAUUGGCCUUCUGGAACGAUGGUAUGACCCUUCCUCUGGUGAUAUCACGCUCGAUGGAAUCAGCCUGCGAGAUCUGAGUGUGACCUGGCUUCGUACCACAAUGCGGCUUGUCCAACAGGAACCCGUCCUAUUCAACGAAACCGUCUUCCAGAACAUUGCCAAUGGCCUCGUUGGGACUGCUUGGGAGAAUCAGUCAAGAGAAACCCAAGAGGAGCGGGUGAAACACGCGGCCAAACUUGCAUUCGCAGACGAGUUCAUCCAGAGCCUCCCAGAACAAUACGAAACACGCAUCGGAGAAAGGGGAGGGCUUCUCUCGGGAGGACAGAAGCAAAGAAUUGCUAUAGCUCGAAGUAUAGUUUCUGACCCUUCUAUCCUCUUGCUAGACGAGGCUACCUCGGCGCUCGAUCCGCACUCUGAAGCUAUCGUCCAAAAGGCACUCAACAAUGCUUCUCGAAACAGGACCACAUUAGUUAUUGCCCACAAGCUUGCCACGAUCCGAGACGCCGAUAACAUCGUGGUGAUGUCCAAGGGAAGGAUUGUCGAGCAGGGUAACCAUGAUGACCUCGUGGCCCUUGAAGGCACCUACGCCAUGCUCGUGAAGGCCCAGGAUUUAUCUAUUAAUAAACAGAGCUUGGCUAUAGAGGCUUCUGACGACGAAUCUACAGCAUCUACUGGCGCCGUGGAGCCGGUACAAUCACUCGUCAAAUACAACUCAGCGGUCAACGAGGAUAUCUCCUCUCAGGUCAGAAGGGAGGAUUUCAGUCUGUAUGAGUCUACGGGGCUCUUGCAUACCAUUUGGAAGAUUAUCAAUUCAGCUCCUGAGCUCAGGACUUGCUUCGUGAUUAUUGCUAUUGCUUGUGCCGUUGGAGCUGCCGUCUACCCCGGACAAACACUACUGCUUGCUGAAGUCAUGGAUGUCUUCACAUCCUCUAAUAUGACCAAGAGCGGCGACUUUGUGUCCUUGAUGUACUUUGUCGUCGCUCUUGGAAGCUUGAUUGUAUUUUUCAUCAUGGGAUGGAUUUCCAACAUUAUUGCUCAGACCAGAGAACGCUAUUGGCGCCCUUGUCAGCCGCAUAGACUCCCACUCUCAGGGUAUCUAAUGGGGUUCGACGUAGCAUUGACAUUUCAGUGCGUCAUCAACAUUAUCGCCAGCAGCAUCCUAGCUCUAGCCUAUGCCUGGAAGCUUGGACUUGUUGGUGUUUUCGCUGGCAUGCCUCCUCUUUUACUUGCCGGGUUUGCUCGUAUUCGCCUUGAAACGCGGUUAAACGCUGGUAUUGAUGAGAGAUUCUUGACCAGUGCUGCAAUAGAAUCUGAGAGCGUGAAUGCCAUCCGUACAGUCUCUUCGCUUGCGAUUGAGAAGAGCAUUCUGACCAGGUACAUGGAUGAGCUUGACAGGGCAGUCUGGAGCUCGACAAAACCACUGUUUCACAUGAUGAUCUGGUUCUCCUUUACUCAGUCCAUUGAGUUCUUUAUUCUUGCGCUGGGGUUCUGGUUUGGAUCAAAGCUGGUUUCGCAAGGAGAAAUCACCUUUCCCCAUUUCAUCAUAUCCUUCUUGGGUGUCUUCUUUUCCGGUCAAGCCGCUGGUACAAUCUUCAGUUUCUCAAGCAGUUUCACCAAGGCCAAUUCCGCCGCCAAUUACUACUUUUGGCUUACUUGUCUACAGCCGAUCAUCCGAGACACUGACGAUAGUAGCGAGAAGGGCCCUGCAAACGACGUGAGUUCAGUUGAGUUCCGAAACGUCCAUUUCUCCUACCCUCUUGCUCCCGAAAAACGAGUCAUCAAAGGCUUGUCUCUAUCAAUCGAACGUGGUCAGUUUGUGGCUUUUGUCGGGUCAUCUGGCUGUGGAAAGAGUACUAUGAUAUCUCUUCUUGAGCGCUUCUACGACCCAGCGAGUGGCACUAUCAAUAUCGACGGCUCGGCGGCUCUCACUGCUAUCAACCCUUGUCUUUACCGUAGUAGAAUAGCUCUCGUUCAGCAAGAGCCUACUGUGUUUCCCGAGUCCAUUCGCGAGAACAUUGCUGCUGGACUCGAUAUCAGUCCAGAGGAACAGGCUAAUGUCACGGAUGAUGCUUUGGAAGCAGCUUGCCGUGCCGCAAACGUAUGGGACUUUGUGAGCUCUCUUCCCGAAGGGCUUAACACCCUUUGUGGCCUGGGUGGUAGCCAGCUUUCUGGAGGACAGAGACAAAGAAUUGCCAUCGCGCGCGCUCUGAUCCGAAACCCUAGUAUCAUCUUGCUAGACGAAGCAACUUCGGCACUUGACACCGAGUCGGAGAGGGUUGUUCAAAGGGCUUUGAUGGACGCUGCCGCCAGUGGUGAUCGAAUUACUAUUGCAGUAGCCCAUCGUUUAUCGACAAUUCGUGACGCUGACAAGAUUUGCGUCUUCUAUCAAGGCAGAAUCGUGGAAGCUGGCAAACAUGAUGACCUCAUCAGCCAGAAUGGUAUGUAUAAGCAGAUGUGUGACGCGCAAACCUUGGAUAGAGCAACUUGA